UCAUUAUUAGAUACUCAUUUUUCAGGCUGUUUCCUAGCAAACCUGUGUAUAAUAAACCUGGAGGGAAUGGAAAAUGCUGUUUUCGGACUCUCUCUUACAGCCAAGGGAAUGAGUAACAUUGCUUGGUUCAUUAUGUGGGUGCAAUCUAUAGAGGUGUUCCCUACUUGUGUACGAAAUACUGGAAUAAACUUGAGUGUAGUUGUUUCUCUAACGAUCUCUAUGACCACACCUUUUACUAUGGAAAUGGAUAGUAUUGAUAAAAGACUGCCAUAUGUUGUAUUUGUUUCUCUCGGUGUGAUUGGUACUAUUGCAGCUGUAUUAGUUCCGGAAACGAAGGGAAUAUCACUUCCGGAAUCAAUUGAUCAAGUAAAUGCUAUUUUCAGACGAAUGAGAAUAUUCCAGCUAAGAGCCUGGAAAACUGAAGAAGAGAAUAAACCUGAACCUGAAGAAAUCCAAGAAUUAAAACAAAUCAAUUAAUUUAUCGAAAUAUUUUUAACCUGAUAAUAAUAAAUGAAGAUAUAUUAAACAAAUCUGACAACUUAAA